CUUUAACAGGAUUAGUCUUAUAAAACAGCAUUACGCUGCUCACGACUUUUCUCGAAAUCGGAAAUCUCUUUAACCGUUUUUUUGUUUUUUAGCUUUAUAUAAACAUCCUACGGUUAUGUCUCAUUAUUUCAUAUCUCGACCCACACAGCCGUCACACUACUACGCUAACACAAAUUGAAGACUGGGUGAGGCAGAGUGUGAUGUCUAUAAGACAGAUCUGAUGAUUUAUCAUAAAAUCAACAUUUUGUAAUUUAUCUUAAAAUCAACAUUUUGUGUAACAGCUGUCAUUCAUAUGUUAAGGAGUUUUUGAUUGCGUUAGCUUUUUUUCUCACUUUCUUCUCUUUAAACAAAGAUUAUUUUUGUCUCACUUAUUUUUAUUUAAUCCAAUCGACUACUUUACAGAGUAAUAUCUGGGAGAAAGAACCAAGAGCCGCCAAUCACAAAAUAUAGUUGCUGAAGGUCGCAAACUCUGGGUACUAAAGGAUGAAGAUAAAUGCCUUUGAGGACCUGGCUAACUACAACAAGCAUCUCCGAGCUAAUCCUAUCACAACUAUUGGUUACGCUCGUAAAUCUAAAGGGCGAGAGAGAUUUACCACUCGGUGCAACCUCUUGUCAAAAAUGGUGGAACGAUUGGAAGCUCAAUGUCUCUGCACAAAAAUAUUCGUGUCUCCUUCUUCCAAUGCGAACGAAGAGUUGGAAAAAAGAGACACCAACUCUAACAACAGCAACUACUUAAAGGCAUUGCAAGUGAAUGGUGACAUGAAGGAUCUCUGCCGCUUGCUUAACACAAAGUUCAAACCAGUUCGCCUUGUCGCCAUAGAUUUCGCAGGUCUCACCACGGAACCCAAUGACUUACGACAAUUCAUUAGAAAAUAUACCCAAAUUCAAGAAGUAGUCAUUGAUCAUGGUGUGACCUUUAGCAUAUAUUCACGACACGACUUGCUGGAAAACGAAGAUAUCAUCAGCAAGUUCAACUGUCGUACCGGCUUUAUCAGACGAUCAAGCUAGAUGGCGAUUGUCCUUCUCUUUGUAUUUUUAUUUUUUUUGCUUUUACUUUUUUUUUUUUAUGUAUCACCGGUCAAGGAUUUUCUUUGGGAAUUCUUAUUUUCACCCCCCUCAGUUUGUUAUUCUCCCCCUUCCCAAGCUAAAAAAUAGCCAAUAAAACACGAGAUACCUUUUUUUUAAAAAAAUGCACAUAAUAUAUAUUUUAUACUAUUAUUAUUUUAUUUCUUUAG